AUGAAGGGGCGCGGGCCGCUCCGUUUGCUUCCCAUUAUUGCCGUAGCCGUUUCUGAAUCGGCCGCAACGGCGACGGUUCGAGGAGAAGGUGUUGAAUACCUCGGCAUCGAAAAUGCGACGUCUGGGAUUAACACUUUCUUCGGUAUCAAGUAUGCCGAAGCUCCCGUUGGGCCCUAUAGAUGGAGACCGCCAGUGCCGGUAGACUACAGCCAAUCGCCCGAGACAACCUACAUCAACGCUACUAUUCCGGGGGACGGUUGCCUGCAGAGUGUACCUCCGUGGUCCUCUGGGUUCACUUUGUUACCAGGUCUCGUUCAAGGCUACAGCGAAGACUGUCUCUUGUUGAAUGUUCAAGUGCCCACGAACCCGAAAUCAAGCAAGCUCGCAGUUUUAGUGAACAUUCAUGGCGGCGGUUAUAUUGCAGGCACGGCAAGGGACGCGCCUGGCGACAGCCUGGUCUACCAUGCGAAUGGAUCACUGAUAUAUGUGGCCGUCCAGUAUCGGCUUGGCUCCUGGGGUUUUCUCGCUGGGGACGAGAUCAAAGAGGACGGAACUGCAAAUGCUGGCCUCCUAGACCAACGAGCUGCACUCGAAUGGGUGCAGAGAAAUAUUCAUUACUUUGGUGGCGAUCCUGAGAAAGUCACCAUCACAGGGGGUAGCGCCGGUGGAGGCUCUGUGGCCAUGCACAUGGUUAUGAAUGGGGGAGACUGGAAUCCCCCGCAAGCAGACUACGCCUGGAUGACGCCCAUGUUUGACGAUCAAUGGCAAAACAUCCAAUAUAGCUACUUCCUGAAGGGCGCUGAUUGUUGCGAUGUUGCGUGUCUUCGAGGCCGCACCACCAACGAGCUGCUCAACGCAGAAGCAUUCGCGUAUUUUGCUGGCUACGGAUCGCGCCAAUUUGGGUAUGGUGACUUCUACUGGGGCCCGGUCAUUGAUGGACACAUUAUCCGCGGGCAUCCCUUUUCCGAAUUCCGCAAAGGUCACUUCACGAAGGUCCCAACGCUCGUUACUCGCAACGGAUACGAGGGCAUCAUGUUCACGAACCAGUCCAUAGUCACUGUCGAGGACUCGACCAACAUGCUAAAAACCCUGUGGCAAGAUGGAGAUGGUACUUAUGUGGACAUCGUUCGCAAGCUCUACCCUUCGGACGAGUACAAUAGUACACUAAGAUAUGGCCUGAAUAUUGUGGCAGAUUCUGGGGGGCCGGCUAGCAGUGCCUACAACUUCCCAGACGAGUUCAUGCGCACGCAGGCGGUCUUUGGAGAUGCACUCAUCAACUGCGCGACCACUUUACUAGCUAAUGCUGUAGCCACGGAUGGUGUUGCUUCGUUCAAGUUGGUAUUCAACGCCGGAUAUCAGUUGCAUGGCGCGACUGGACCGUUUGUGUUUAAUAAGGACAUAAACCCUGAUGGAUCACUCGAUAUUGGGUUUGGAUAUCCAAUUGGAGGUAACACGACACUUGCCGGCUAUAUGAGGGAUUGGUAUGUAUCCUUCGUUCUGAAUCUGGAACCCAACGGCUAUACCUACGGGUUGAGUCCUGCACCGCAUUGGCCACGGUACGGUUCAGGUGGGCAUGAAGUGAUGUACGUCGAGAAAAACGCCAUAAGCGCGAUCAACGACCCGGAGAAAUCAUGCCAAUGUAAAUUCUUGGAGAUGGGGCGUGGAAAUGGAUAUCAGAUAUGGCCCCAGUGGUGA